CUAGAGUCUGCCAUAGUGAACAUUGAGCAGUAACUGGCUUCCCGGAUCCUUCCUUCUUAGCCCCGGGCUCCACUGUGUUAAUUGGAAGUCUAUAGAAAUGUAACCCCAAAAGGCCGACUGGAAGUUAUCAGCAAUAGAAAGAACCGGAGAAGACGUUAGCAUAGGGCUAAUGCGCGCAGCACACCCUGGACCUUUCCUUCUAGGUCCCUAGACUCCUACCCUAGACACCCUAGUCCCCUGCAACUGUGUAAAGUUUAGGUGCAAAGCCAAAAAAAAAUUUACCAUCUCCCAAAUUUUAUUAUCGCAGAAUUCCAAUAUCAUCCACCAAAUCCCAUCCACACCAACCCAUUCAUUUUUCAUGAGAUUCUUCUCUUCUCUCUCUGUUCACUUCUUUUCAACCAAUUCAAAUCGUUUCUUAUUUAUAAAAUUGGCGCGUUUGUUUGACGGCUACAGUGCUGUCAAAUGAACCUGCAACUACCGAUUUUAUCCUUUCUCUAUUCCCCCUCCCCUCCUGGUGUCAUCUAAAUGCCCACCAUUUAUUCGUCCCUGUACCAAAAUUUCAUCCGUCAAGGAUUUGCGAAAUCUUUCACCCACGGCUACGCGCAAUCUGUCGUAGCUGCUACACAUCCCCAUGUUCUAAACUCGCAGAACCGUCCGUCGUUUGCUCGACGUAACAGUCAGCGCGUCGGACGCCUCACUAGUCUCCAGCUUCAAAAUGCCUUCCAUAGCUCGAAUCCGAAUGCCCGACAUGAGCUUCGCCACGAGAAAGAUGGGAGCCAUGGAAACCUGGAUGCCUACUUUGAGGCAUUGAGGAAGCAGCAGGACAAUGGCGACAUCGAGAAAGAGUGGACUCAAUUUCAGUUUCCUAAACCCAUCGAGUGGAAGCCGAAUGCUUCGGCUGUCCUCGAGGAUCCCGAGUCCAAUGCGCUCGAUGUCGAUGUUCUAGAGGCCGCUGAAACUAGUCAGAAUGCCGGCGAGGAUCUACCGGUUCCCGUUGACAUAGAUGUUGCAUUGGCGCAUAUCGACGCCGCUAUCGAGAAGGAGAUCGAAGCUCGCGAAUUCCGAGAAGCUUUAGAGAGCCCCGCGUGUUCUCUAAGAGCAUCGACCCCUUCUAUCGUGAGCGGCGUUCAGUCCCGAGCUAGGUCCCCCGUUCUCGAAAGGCCAGCGACACCUGGUAUCUCUCGCACAGUAACACCGCCGGUUGAUCCCCAGUCCAAGAGCUACGCCGACCAUCUAACGAAGCUUUCUGAAGAUGGUCGAUAUGCUGAGAUUCCUGCUGUCUUCGAGGCCAUGCUUGUUGCCGACAUCAAACCUACAGCCGCGUCCUACAAUGCCCUGCUGGUCGCCGCUAUCCACAUCCCUACCGAGAAGAUCGAGGUUGUCUCCAAGGCCUUGGAUGUCUAUGCUGACAUGAUGCGACGGAAGGUCACUCCAGAUAGCGACACGUACAACAUUCUAGUUGGCUUAUUAGCUGCUCGAUGUAUGGAGGUGUCCACUCUCAAGAAGGGCUUGGAGGAUAAGCGUCUCCGUUUUGGUGGUAUGGAUGAGCCCGGGAAGUUCAUGUUCGCGUCGAAUGAGCUGGAACACGCCAUUCUGUCGGAAGACGACAGGCUCGACCUUGCCGUCAAGCUUUUUGAGACCUCUGUGUUAACCAACAGGGCCAACUACUCAUCGGAAACCUAUCAUCAACUCAUCUCGGCGUGCGCUCAGGCGGGCCGAGUCUCUGAUAUGCUGCACCUAUUUGAGCAUAUGGAGUUGAGUGGUUCUGUCCCCUUUGCGGCUACCUUCCCUUCUAUGAUCACUGCAUUUGCCAACACUGGUGAUUUAGCCAGUGCUGUUGAGUGCUACAAUGAGUACAAGGAUCUUGCCGUCGCUCAUGAUAACGGCAAAUACACCCUGAUUGAUCGGUUGGAUUCGCAAGUCUACGCUUCGGUAAUCAACGCAUACGUCAUCAACGACAAGCUUAACGGUGCUAUGAACUUUUACGAGAAGAUUGUCAAGUCGUAUGGAGUUGGUGCUGCCGAAAUUCAGGACGCCAUCAUUAGCGGUGGAUUCGUAAAAGGAUUUACUGCAAGGGGAAUCUACCACGAAGCGCUUCAAUGGGCACAGGCUAUUGAGAAUGAGGCUCGCUUAAGCGCUCUGGCGGAUAUUGCUACUGCUGCUGCCGAUUUUGGCGACCGACAUACCGCAACCGCUGCAUUUGCCCGCAUCCCUACAAUGUUCCAGGGUAUUGCAACUCCGGCGAUGGCCUUGCUUGCCCUUAGUGUUCGUCAUGGUGAUGUCCCAGCUGCCGCUCGAUAUUGGCACAUCCUCAGUAGCCCUGAGAUCAAGGUUGAUUCAUCUUUCAUCGAGCCGGCAGCCAUGUAUGCGGUCGCGAUGAUUGGUUCUGGUCAGGUUGCUGAAGGGUUAGCCCAGUCCGAGAUGAUGUUCCAACGAAUUCGAGCUGCCGAAACCGACGCAAGACCGAACCUCGCUGAUGAACUGGAAGAAGGCGCCGAAUUCAUAUCUAGGUUCAUGGCUACCCGUGGGGUUGUGGAUCCUCGUGAAAUCGCUACUCCAGUCAGCUUUGAGCAACAGGUCUUCACUGCAUCGCCUUACCCUUCAACCCCCACUGUCUCAAGCUAUGAGGAUAACUUCGACCCGUACGCGCACAACACCGAUUUCAAGGGUUCAUCCAUUAUCUCUGAUGAACUUGAGGGUGCACACGGACGCAAGGGACCCCGGCUCCAUGAGGCGCUAACGCGUUUCCGCAACAUGCGACGUGCAGGACGUCACCCCAGAUACAUCACCUACGCCAAGAUGAUCUCUGCUGCGGCGCGAGACGGCAAGAUGGACCUGUGUCACGAAGUUCUAGCUACGGCACGAACCGAUGUGCCUUUCCUUCCUCAAUACUCUGUCGUCCGUUACGGUUGGUCUUCUAUUCUCGAUGCUAUGGUUGGAGCUUGCUUGACCCUUGGCGACCGUGUCCUGGCAGAGCAGUACCAUCUUGAGCUUCUUGAGAUGGGAGCUGCUCCCUCGGCAAAUACAUUUGGUCUCUAUAUUACUACCCUCAAGGAAUCUACCAAGACCUUCGACGAAGCCUCGGAAGCUGUCAAGAUUUUCCACCGGGCUAAGGCUGAGGGUGUCGAGCCUUCAUCCUUCCUGUAUAAUGCCCUAAUUGGUAAGCUUGGCAAGGCCCGCCGCAUUGAUGACUGCCUCUUCUACUUCGCUGAAAUGCGUGCCCUCGGUAUCAAGCCAACCAGUGUCACUUAUGGAACGAUUGUCAACGCUCUGUGCCGUGUUAGCGACGAGAAGUUUGCCGAGGAGCUUUUUGAUGAGAUGGAGUCAAUGCCCAACUACAAGGCUCGUCCAGCCCCGUACAACAGUAUGAUGCAGUUCUUCCUCACCACUAAACGCGACAAGACCAAGGUCCUUGCAUACUACGACCGAAUGCAAGCCAAGGGAAUUGCGCCAACUGCUCACACAUAUAAGCUUCUUGUUGACACUCACGCUACUCUCGAACCUGUGAACAUGACCGCCGCUGAAGUUGUCUUGGACAUGAUUCGUGCUUCUGGCCAGAAGCCCGAGCCGGUACACUACGCUUCACUCAUUCAUGCUCGCGGCUGUGUCCUCCACGACAUGCAGGGUGCCAGGAAGAUCUUCGACUCGGUUAUGAGUGACCCCAGCAUUCACCCCAAUGCAUGCCUUUUCCAGGCGUUGUUUGAAGCUAUGGUUGCGAACCACCAAGUCGCGGAUACCGAGGCGCUCCUAUCCACAAUGAAGCAGAAGCGCGUUGAGCUUACACCUUACAUCGCGAACACUCUCAUCCACGGCUGGGCUGGCGAGAAGAACAUCGACAAAGCCUCCUCAGUCUACAACAGCGUCGGCCGUGAGAAGCGCGAGCCUAGUACGUACGAGGCAAUGACUCGGGCCUUCCUCGCCGUAGAAGACCGCGAGCGUGCCAAGUCAGUAGUAGGCGAGAUGCUUUCGAGAGGAUACCCUAGCGCCGUGGUUAACAAGGUCCUCGAGCUCCUCGGUGGUGGCAACGGCGAAGAAGCUGUUGUCGUGUAAGAAACAUUCAUGAAACGAUCGUUGCCUAGAUUUUCUAUUUUCUGUCUAUUCCCUUUGUUCUUUGCUUUAAAUGCGAUACCCCCCGUGUUGUGCAGCAAGAGGUUGAGGCGAUUUUUUUCUUCCGGGGGUGGUCGGUUGAAGCGAAGGGCACUGUUGUCACAAGCGGGCCAGGCGUUUUACGGAACUUGCAUAUAAAACGGUUAUUACGGACACCAGGUACUACAGCCUUACCAGGGAAAAGGGAUGGCGGGCAUCGGCUGGCAUGUCGGUUUUAUUAUAGACAAAUCUCCACUUUACAUAUACCAUGGACGACGAAACUUCCAUACAAGUGUUGAGUCGAGGGAUCUAGGAGAGAAGGAUCCUGGGGUUUUGUUUGGGCAGGUUUAGCCCUCGAGAUACAUACGUUUACGGUUGGGAUCUCGGUCGGUUAAUGGCAUGGCAUGGCAUAUGGAUUCAUAUGCUUGUGUUACUACCACGUACAUAUUUUGGUAUAGUGGUAUAUGAUUCAUGAUGAAUUCAUAGGGAGUAACACGGCGUGGUAUGGUAUGAUAUGGCAUGGUAAUCCUGCCCUGUAUGAUAGAACUAAUACCAUGGAAGUUCGUUCUAA